AUGCACUACCUCCUGCUCUGUGCUGUCAUCUUCCUACCUGAGACUCCUGCUUUUCCAGUACAACAGAGACCUGAGCCAUGGACCAGCACAGAACUUGAGAAAGUAAAGGGCUAUCUUGAUAAAUUCUUCCCAGUUUUUACAAAAUCACAAAACCUAACCAUAGAAGAAAGGAUUAAAGAAAUGCAGAAGUUUUUCAACCUGACUGUAACUGGAAAAUUAGAUGCAGAAACAGAAAAAAUAAUGAAACAGCCCAGAUGUGGUUUGCCUGAUGUAGCAAAUUACGAAAUAUCUUCUGGAACUCCAAAAUGGGAAAAGACACGUUUAACUUACAAGAUUCUCAGUUAUACAACUGAUCUACCCAAAAGGAAAGUGGAUGAUGCAAUUAAAAGGGCCUUGAUGGUAUGGAGCGAUGUGACUCCACUGCAAUUCCAAAGAGUCUACCUGAGGCAGGCAGACAUUGAGAUCAGAUUUGCACGUCUUGAGCAUGGUGAUGGAUAUCCUUUUGAUGGAAAAGGUGGCACGCUAGCCCAUGCGUUUUCACCAGGAGAAGGGCGUGGUGGAGAUGCUCAUUUUGAUGAGGAUGAAAAAUGGUCAGAGAUCAAUCAAGAUAUCAAUUUGUUCCUUGUUGCUGCUCAUGAAUUUGGCCAUUCUUUGGGACUUGCUCAUUCAGAUGUCCGUGGAGCUCUGAUGUACCCUAUCUACUCAUAUCAGAACCCAGAAACCUUCAGACUUCCAACAGACGACAGGCUAGCAAUUCAGAAGUUAUAUGGUCACAGUCCCUUCAAUUUGAGUUCCCACUGGAGUUCCAACCUGUCCAGCACAGGAAUCCAGACAGCAGUGAUGCCCAGGCCAUCUGCUAUCCCAGACACGUUUCCCUUGCUGCUAUCAAACUGUUCUCAGGCACAGCAAUCAGAUGAUAAGCAGCACAACACCACAUUACACAUCUACCUCAACAACAUAAGAACAACUCUUACCAAUCAAGAACAUUCCUCUAAGAGGUCAGAUGUACCUCUGAAAGAACUGCCUACAGGCAGUUCCUGCCAGGGCAUUGAGUGCUCUGGCAAGCCUCAGCUGGGAAGUGAGCCUGGAUCACGCAGUACCCGAGUAGAGCAUCACACCCUGCCUGUGAGCUCUCAGUCGGUUUCACGAUUUCCCAAGUAUCUCGGGAAAUUUCAGGAUGGCUCCACGGCAUUAUCGCUGGUGUCUGAAGAUCCUCCAGCAGCCAGCGGCUGUGUGACAGUCAGCAGCACACGGACUGAGCAGCGGCACCUCGGCAAGGCGUGCGCGGUGAAGCCAUGUGUCGCUUAG